AUGCAACAAGUUAAAUUUAAAUAUAAAAAGAUAAAAAGGAAAGAAGAAAGAAAGCAAAAGGGGCACUGGGGAGCCCCGUGGGAGCUGGGGAAGCAGGUCUUGCUGCUGUUUCUGCGUCUGCGCUGCUGCUGCGCUAAUUUCCCGCGAAAUAAAUCUUUUUUUUCUUUCUAUAAAUUCAAUUAUUACUUUCAAAACAUUAAACAGCUUUUUAAUCUUUCCAGCGCGGCGGGAGGCCGGCGCUCGCACCCGCAGCAGCAGCAGCAGCAGCAGCAGCGCGCGCGGUGGCCCCCCUGCUUUUGGUCCGGUGCCGUGAGACUCGCCGCUGCUUCUGGGGUUUUCUGGAGCGCAUUUUUGUUUUCUUUUCGGUUUUUAGAAUAUUAA